UGGCGAUGCUACAAACGUAGCCGGCGCGCUAACAUAAACGCGUUGUCAUUUAUUUGUGCUAUCGCUGGCGGUCUUUUUGUUUUGCCAGCGGCUUUCAGACUCGUUAAUUGUUUUUAAAGUUUUUUUUAAAGACGCAUUUUAACUGAAGAUGGGAGUCCCUGCGUUUUUCCGCUGGCUCAGUCGGAAGUAUCCGUCUAUAAUUGUGCACUGUGUCGAGGAGAAGUCUAAAGAGUGCAAUGGAGUCCGGAUACCUGUCGAUACGACUAAACCCAACCCGAAUGAGGUGGAGUUUGACAACCUGUAUUUGGAUAUGAAUGGAAUUAUCCACCCGUGCACACAUCCUGAAGACAAGCCUGCACCCAAGAACGAAGAUGAAAUGAUGGUUGCAAUUUUUGAGUAUAUUGACCGGCUUUUCAACAUCAUUCGUCCAAGAAGAGUUCUUUACAUGGCCAUCGAUGGUGUUGCUCCUCGUGCCAAAAUGAACCAGCAGCGAUCCAGGCGAUUCCGGGCCUCCAAAGAAGGAGUGGAGCUCGUUGAAGAAAAAAAGAAAAUGCGGGAGGAAAUUAUUCAGAGAGGUGGUUACCUGCCCCCUGAAGAAAUAAAAGAGCGGUUUGACAGCAACUGCAUCACUCCGGGCACGGAGUUCAUGGACAACUUGGCCAAAUGCUUGCGCUACUACAUUGCAGACAGACUGAGUAAUGAUCCUGGAUGGCGGAAUGUCACAGUGUUUCUCUCUGAUGCCAGUGUUCCUGGAGAAGGAGAACAUAAGAUCAUGGAUUUCAUCAGGAGACAGAGAGCUCAGCCCAAUCAUGACCCUAAUACACACCACUGUCUCUGCGGUGCUGAUGCGGAUCUAAUCAUGUUGGGUCUGGCAACACACGAGCCCAACUUCACCAUCAUCCGAGAGGAAUUCAAGCCCAACAAACCCAGACCCUGUGCCCUGUGUGGACAGAUUGGACAUGAAAUUAAAGAGUGCCAGGGUGUGGCCAGGGAGAAGAAAGGAGAGCAUGAUGAAUUUGCUGACACGGUGCCAGUGUCUGAGCAGGAGUUCAUAUUCAUUCGGCUGUCCGUACUGCGCGAGUAUCUGGAGCGAGAGCUGACCAUGGCCAGCCUGCCUUUCCCCUUUAACUUUGAGAGGAGUGUUGAUGACUGGGUUUUCAUGUGCUUCUUUGUGGGAAAUGAUUUUCUGCCCCACUUGCCUUCUUUGGAAAUCAGAGAGGGUGCCAUAGACAGGCUUGUGGGCAUUUACAAAGAUGUUGUGCACAGAACUGGGGGAUACCUUACAGAAAAUGGUUAUGUCCACCUGGAGAGAGUGGAGCUCAUCAUGCAGGCUGUGGGAGUCGCUGAGGACAACAUAUUCAAGAAGCGCAAAGAGGAUGAGGAGAAUUUCAAAAGGAGAGCAAAGGAAAAGAAGAAACGAAUGAAGGCAGAACAGGGUCCAGCAUUUGUCACAAGAGGUCAGUUUACCCCUCAUGCGUUGGGAGGACGAGACCGGCCGAUGCCCGUACACAACGCUCGCCAUACAGCCUAUGAUAUGAGGAUGCAGGGCAGCAACUACCAGCAGAACAAGGACGCUGCCAGUUCUUUAAAAGCCAUGUUGAGAAAUGGAGGAAAGGAUCCCGGAGGGCCGAGUGACCGAAUGGAAAGCCACGGUGUAAAGAGGAAAGCGGAGGACAGCGACAGUGAGCCAGAGCCUGAAGAUAACGUCAGGCUGUGGGAGGCGGGCUGGAAGCAGCGCUACUACAAAAACAAAUUCGACGUGGAUGAGACUGAUGCUGAAUUUCGUAGAAAGGUGGUCAAGGCUUAUGUGGAGGGUCUCUGCUGGGUUCUUAGAUACUACUAUCAGGGUUGUGCAUCUUGGAAGUGGUACUUUCCAUUCCACUACGCGCCGUUUGCAUCCGACUUCAAAGACAUCAAGGACAUGUUCACGGAGUUUGAAAAGGGGACCAAGCCGUUCAAACCUCUAGAGCAGCUGAUGGGAGUGUUUCCUGCUGCCAGUGGGAACUUCCUGCCACCAACAUGGAGGCAACUGAUGUCGGACCCAGACUCGCCCAUCAUUGACUUCUAUCCUGAAGACUUUGCGAUCGAUUUGAACGGAAAGAAAUACGCCUGGCAGGGUGUCGCUUUGUUGCCGUUUGUUGAUGAGCGAAGGCUGCGGGCAGCCUUGGAAAACGUCUAUCCAGAUUUAAGUCCAGAUGAAUUCAGAAGGAAUAGUCUGGGCAGUGACGUGGUGUUUGUGGGGAAAGCCCACGCUCUGUGUGACUUCAUCCAGGAACUCUAUAGAGCAGAAUCUUCUGAGAGCACGGAGAUUCCUCCAGAGUUGUGCUUUGGGAUCCAAGGUGCAUUAUCUCUUGAUGAAAAUCCUAUUCUACCAGAUAAACCUGUAGAAUCUCCGAUCCCCAUGCUGAGAGAUAUUCCAUGCAGCAGUGCAGUUGGAAUUAAGUUCAAGGAUCCACAGUAUGAAGAUGGUUAUGUGUUCAAGGCGGUCAUCCUUCCUGGGGCAAAGAUUCCUCAUAAAGUGUUGAAGCCUGGUGACUGGGAAAGGUCUAACAGCCAACCAUGGAGACCCCAACUGGGCUUUAAUCCCAACCGCCAGCAGAUGCACCUGGACCAGUCUGCCUUCAGGACACUGGGCCAUCAUAUGAACAGUCAUCAACAAGGAGGUGGGCAGCAUGGGCACAGGCCCCCCCUGAUUGCUAUGGGUGGGCUGUACAGCAAUACUCCACCCCCCAGUACGUAUCAUCAAGGGAACUAUCGGCCACCUCUUCGAGACUACCAGCAUUCCAGGCAGCAGGGAUUUCCAAGACAUGCGCCACCGUCUCAUCCCCAGCAGUACCCACGGCCUCAGCACAGCGUUCAUGGGUGGGAUCGGGCCAUGCAGGCUCAAGUCUCUGCGUAUCAGCAUAACCUGCAGAGAGCUCCUGGAGGAGCAGGCGGCUUUCAGCAGCACAUGCAACGCCGAGAUGAUCGCCGACCGCAGGAGGGUUAUAAUUCGUCGAGGAGUUACGGCGUGCCUCCACCCACACGGCGCUACAACUGGAACUGAGUCGUUCACCUGAUUUUAAAGGAGAUCGGUGUGUCUGCCUUGUUUAUUUUUUGUUUUUGGUGAGCUGUUUAAUUUCUUUUUAAAAAAAAAAAAACGAGAGGAAAAAACUGGUUUUACUCAGUAUGUUUUUAUGUACUGAUUUUGUAAUUCCUGUUAAAUUUAAGAAAUACACAAUCCAAUGAAGUCUUACUGCGUGUGGUGUGUGGGGUUUUUUUGUUUGUUUGUUCCUCCCCUCCUGCCUUCAAAUGUUCCAGAUCAGAUUGAAUAUUUUGUACUGAAGCCGGUACGUGUGUCUGUCCAGUCCCUCGUAUAAAACGUGCUCAGUUUGGAUUUUUCCACGGUGUUCAUCCAGAGCUGAAUAUUCAUAGCUUCCACAUAAUGGACGAUUAUAAAUGUAGAUCUCGGAGCUGAAACACUGUUUUUUAAAUGAGUGGAAUAAUGAGGUUAAUAGACGAACAGCCUUGAUCUGAAUUCAGAAGUGUCGGCUGCUGAACUUCAACAAUUGACUUCUUCAUUCCUCCCUCUUUGGAAGACUUGUUUAAAUAAAUGAUUUUGGUUUUGUUUGUUUUUUAUUUAUAUAUAAAUAUCACCAUAUCCCAAAAUGUAACAUCUAAAAUUCCAGUCAAAAAGAAAUCACUUCCUCAUGUAGGUUUGUUGUAAAAAAUAUAAUUAUACACACAUGAUGGGACAGCAGCAGUUUAAAAGGGUUCGUUUUAUGUUUUAAUAACAAUUAUAUAAAGUGUUGUGGUGGGUUAUCAUAAAGCCUGCAGUGCAACAAGUCUGUUUUUACUUUAACUUAAAUAAUUAUAUAGUAUUGCAGCCUGUGGACCAAGAGUGAGGCCCAAAAAACUAAAAUGACCUCAAAAUGGCUGCUUUUUUUUUUUCUCCUUUUCUUGUCAGCACAAUUUUUGCGCUCACUGCUGUGCAUCGCCUGAAACUGGCCUUUAAAUAUAAACACUGAAAAUUUCUACAUUUUUAAGGGAAAGUGAUAAAACUGUUCUUAAAGCAGCAAUGUGCAUUAUUGCCUCACAGAUAUUAACUUUGUUUUUAUUUAUUUGAAAACGAAUCCAAGGUGUAACCGAUCAGUCGCUUCAUGGCACGAUAUGAAUGUUUAUUGAAACCCUUCCUAUAAAUCUCCAACUCAGUAAAAUUUCCCAAAUAAAGGAUUAUCUUUCCACUG